GCUGUGGUAACUAGUGACAACCGUCCCAAACACAGCAACAACUCGGCGACAGACAUAGAGCUAAAAUGGCGGCGGAAAACAGCGCCGAAUUUCAGGAUGAGAAAGAAAUCCUCAUUCACGAAGGUGAUGUUCAAGAGGUACAACAAGAGAGCGGAACUGUCACAGAAAGCACGAAUGCCAAACCAUCCAAAAUGACACUGUAUCAUUGGACGCAGUCCUUCAGUUCGCAGAAGGUGCGUCUGGCCAUAGCCGAGAAGGGACUGAGCUGUGAGGAGUAUGACGUCAGUCUGCCUCUUAGUGAACACAACGAGCCCUGGUUCAUGAGACUGAACCCGGCAGGAGAGGUACCAGUCCUCGUUCACCAUGGCAACGUCAUCACAGACCCUGUUCAGAUCAUGGACUAUCUAGACCAGAACUUCAGAGAUGAGGGAAUGGCUAAGCUGAUCCCCGAGGAAGGCAGUAUGUAUUACCACAGAGUCCAGCACUACAGAGAACUACUAGACUCUCUUCAGAUGGACGCGUACACACACGGUUCUAUACUCCACCCAGAGAUCACUGUGGACUCACACAUCCCAGCCUACGCCACCACGCGUAUCCGAGCACAGAUUGGGAACACAGAAUCAGAGCUUAAGAAGCUAGCGGAGGAAAACCCAGAGCUAAAAGAUGCCUAUAUGGCUAAAACCAGGCGUUUAAAGCACAAGCUGUUUGACCAUGACAACAUGAAGUAUCUUAAGAAGAUUCUGGAUGAGUUGGAGAAAGUUCUGGACCAGGUGGAGACAGAGCUACAGAGGAGAGCAGAGGAGACACCAGAGGAGGGCAGUAGUCAGUCGUGGCUGUGUGGAGAGUUCUUCAGCAUGGCCGACGUCUCCCUGGCUGUCACACUGCACCGCCUCAAGUUCCUGGGGCUCUCCCGCCGUUACUGGGGCAACGGGAACCGCGGCAACCUGGAGGCCUACUAUGAGCGUGUCCUGGAGCGCCCGUCCUUCCGGAGGGUUCUGGGUCACGUAAACAACAUCCUGAUCUCGGCCGUGCUACCCGCCGCCUUCCGGGUGGCCAAGCAACAUGUGCCGGCGUUCGUUGGCACCACGCUGCUCAUAGGCAUCCUGGGAGGAGCCACGUACCUGGCCUUCCUUUACCUGAAGACCAGGAUGUUAAUUACCAGGUGGUAGAGGUGUGAGAGAGAGAGAGAGAGAGAGAGAGAGAGAGAGAGAGAGAGAGAGAGAGGCAGGGACAGACAGACAGA